AUGGAAGCUGCGGCCACCCUCCUCCUUCGCUCCGUCAUCCAAGACGAAGUCAAUGACGCCUCAAUAUCCUGCGAAACAGGAAACGACUUUAACGGCGCCCUCCCGCUGCGCAUCUCGUCGAUCUUCGUGAUUCUCCUCGGCUCGUUGGCGGGCAUCAUCUUCCCUCUACUUGCUCGUCCACCACCCACAUCCACCUCCUCUUUACCAACAUCUUCUCCUAAACGCCUCUUUUCCAAAACACGUUUCAAGAUCCACAUCCCACAGCCCCUCCUCUUCGCCUCCAAACACUUUAGCUCGGGAAUCCUCCUCGCAACAGCCUUCAUCCACCUCCUUGCCCCCGCAUCUGAAGCGCUACGGAAUCCGUGUCUGACGGGGGUGAUCACGGAGUAUCCGUGGGUUGAGGGGAUUGUGCUGGUGACUGUUGUCGGGACUUUCUUUGUGGAGAUUCUUGUGGAUGUUUUUGCGGGGCAUGGCAGUGGAUAUAGCCCUGUAGGAGGGAGUGAAGGCUGUGAAGAGGGUAAAGAUGAGUAUGGGGGUCUCCCUGGUAGUGGUGAGGCUGGGAGUCCGGAGGGGGAGUGGGACGGGUUGCUUCGAUCUGGCUCUGAUUAUUCCCUGUCGUUAUCAGAGACGGAAACGGUCGAAGAAGAUGAUUCGAACACAAACUUGAAUUCGGGUUUCCCAUCGACCUCGCAAACAAGCAUCUGCGCCACCAACAACGCCCCAUCCACACCCUCACACUCACACUCCCGGAUCCACUCUCAGAACAACUGGAAACCCCCCCUAACCCGCCUCCUAAUCCUCGAAAGCAGCAUCAUCCUGCACUCCCUGCUAAUCGGCCUCUCCCUCUCCGUCGCAGGCGCCGAGUUCCCCACGCUGUACGCCGUCCUCGUCUUCCACCAAACCUUCGAGGGACUCGGUCUCGGAACCCGACUCGCGGAAAUCCCCUGGCCAGCACAUAAAAAGUCAACACCAUACAUGCUAGGAGUCGCAUAUGCGCUCUCGACCCCGCUCGCUAUCGCGGUGGGGUUAUGUGUGCGCGGGAGCUAUAGUCCGGGGAGUCAGGGGGUUUUGAUUGUGAGCGGGGUGUUUGAUUCGGUGAGUGCUGGGGUGCUGAUUUAUUCGGGGCUUGUGGAGGUUCUGGCGCGGGAGUGUUUGGUCCAACCGGGUUUGCAUCAGCAUUCGCAGGGAGAGGGGCAGGGAGAGGGGGGAGAAGGAAGGAGGAAGGAUGUUAGGGGUGUGUUUGCGGCGUUUUUCUGGCUGUGUGUUGGGGCCGCUGCUAUGGCUGUGUUGGGGAAGUGGGCUUGA